AUGUCUGCGUCUAAAACGGCAUUAAUGCAUCAACUAUCCAGCGAAGGAUCAUUUUAUGCGCAGCCCACCGCAAUGGUUAUGAAUAUGGAUAGCGAACCUAUGCAAGAUGAUUUAAUGCCUGGUGGUGCCCGUGCUAUGGAUCGUAUAUUUGGUGGUAAUGUAGCACAUCCACAUACGAUUCCAUAUCAAGUUGGUUUAUUGCUACAACGACCAAAAGGUCUUUAUUGGUGUGGUGGUGCUUUAAUAUCUGAUGAAUUCGUUUUAACUGCUGCACAUUGUGUAGAUAUGGCGAAACGCGCCUUGAUAUUUCUGGGAGCACAUGAAAUAAAAAAUGCAAAAGAGCAUGGUCAGAUACGUAUCAUGGUUAAUAAGACUAAUUUUUAUAUAUAUCCCACAUGGAAUCCAGCACGUCUAAAAGAUGAUAUUGCACUAGUGCAAUUACCAGAACCUAUAGAAUUUUCAGAACGCAUAUUGCCCAUAUCGCUGCCGAAACGAAGUUACGAGUAUCGCGAUUUCAACGAUAAACUGGCCAUCGCUUCAGGCUGGGGUCGUUAUGCCACUGGCGUACAAGCCAUUAGCAAUGAGUUACGUUACGCUAAACUGCAAAUUGUGGAUGGCGAAACAUGUCAGCGCACCUUUCCCUUAUCAUACCGCCCCACAAAUAUCUGCACAAGUGGACGUGCAAAACGUUCUACAUGUCAUGGAGAUUCGGGUGGUCCAUUAGUCUUACGACGCAAACACUCAAGAAAGCGUGUGCUUAUAGGCAUUACUUCUUUUGGCAGCAUAUUUGGCUGUAAUAAAGGAUUUCCUGCUGCAUUCACGAAGGUGACAUCAUAUCUCGAUUGGAUUAGUGAUGUGGCUGGAGUGGAACCUUAUGAAGAUAUAUCGCGUCCGCCAUUGUGGCACAAUAAAUAUAUUGAAAAUUACCCACUUAAAAAUUAUAAACCAACAAAGUUUUUAAAAGAUGAUUGUGAGAAAUGCCUUGAUAUUCCUAAAACCGAAUCCAUUUACAAACCAAAACCAAAAUUUAAAGAUGAUGAAUCAUUUCAUAAAGAU